AUGCGUCUAUUACUCUUGCUUGCCGGAGAUAUCGCAAUGAAUCCUGGACCUUACAAACACACGAAUCGUGAAAACCAGUUCGUAAAAUGUCUCGCACUCAAUGCUCGAAGUCUGAUGAGUUUACAUAAAACCAACAUCGGAAACAAUUUGACAGAUACUAACAUUGAACGCUUCCAGAACUUGGUCUCUUCUGAAGAUCCCGAUAUCUUUUGUGUCAACGAAACGUGGCUUAAUGAGGAUAUUAAAAACUCUGAAAUUCUGCAUUCGGGAUAUGACAUAUUCAGGAACGAUCGCGGAUCUCGUGGUGGUGGAGUACUGUUAGCGAUAAAGAUUUCUUCAUUUAAAUCAGUGCGGGAAAUUCAACAUGGUCAUGAUUUGGAGAUCUCCAUGGCUGAAAUAACAACCACUUCAAACGCAAGUUUAUUAAUUUGUUCUUGUUAUCGUCCACCAAACUCAGAUCAUAGCUGGUUGGACAAGUUCAAUAACUUUAUGAAUGAUGUUUGUUCACAACACUCAAACAUUGUGCUUGUAGGAGAUUUCAAUAUGCCACGUAUAUCAUGGGACUCGCCAGAGAAAACAUCAGGUAGUAACGAAAAUACCUUCGUAGAACUGCUCCAUGACCAUUUCUUGGAACAACUAAACACCGCGCCUACUAGAGGUAAUAACACGUUAGAUCUCGUUCUAACCAAUAUUCCCAACAAAGUCAAAAUAUGUGAAAUUUUGUCUCCCACUCAAGCAGAACUUUUCACCGACCACAAAAUUAUUGUGUUUGAACUUUCAAUGUGUCAUAAUCAACUACCAAAGAUACGCAGAACUGUCUAUAAUUAUUGUCAAGGUGAUUUUGCUGGCUUGCGAACUUCCCUUGAAUGUCUAAAUCUGGAUUCCCUGAUUACAACCGACGACAAUAUCAACCACGACUGGCAACAAUGGAAGAAGGCGUUCCUAGAAGCAGUAUCCCAACACAUACCAUCAGUGAGAGUAAAGGGUCGCAACUAUGUACCGUGGAUGAAUUCUACAAUUCUACACAACAUCAAGAAGAAAAACUCUCUCCGCCUCAGAAUUAAGAAAUCCCCUACACCUACUGAAUAUCUCCUGGAAAAAUUCAAAACCCUUCGUAGUUCCAUCAAGAGUAUGUUACGUAACAGUCGCUCCAAAUAUUUCGACUCUAUUUGUUCCAGCCGUGGACUUAAUCCCAAACGCUUCUGGUCCCUGUUCAAGUUCAAUAAUAAGACACGGAACAUUCCUCAAAAGCUCUCGGUGAAAGUAACUGAAACCAAAAGAACAUCCGCAGGAAAUCCAGCAGAUAUUGCUGCGCUGUUCAACAACUACUUCACAUCUAUAUUUACCACCGAUCCAAAUAUCGAAAACUACAGCUCUGACGCUCUUCCAUAUCAGUCUAACAAUACUAUCAUCGAGGACAUUACCCUUUCGGAAGCCGAUGUUUUCUCCGUAUUGCAUAAUCUCGACAUUAAUAAAGCUCAAGGUCCAGAUGGGAUUCCUGCACGAUUAUUAAAAGAAACAGCUCGCCAAAUUGCUCCAUCACUAACCGCCUUGUUUAAUAAAUCUCUGAACACUGGUGUGUUACCACGCGACUGGAAACUAGCAAAUGUUGUUCCCGUUCACAAAAAAGACAACAAAGAGCACGUAGAAAACUAUCGACCAAUUUCGCUUCUUUCGCUUAUCUCGAAAGCAUUGGAAAGAUGCGUGUUCAAUAAGAUCAAAGACCACGUUUUCGAACAGAUUAACAAUGGUCAACAUGGCUUUGUUCCUCGGAAGUCCUGUGUUACACAGCUCAUUGAAGUUUUUGAGUAUAUUGGUCGUGAGCUGGAUCUUGGGAAACAAGUUGAUGUGAUCUACUUGGAUAUGUCCAAGGCGUUUGAUCGAGUAAGUCACAUGCAACUGUUGAAACGACUUCGUGAUUUUGGAUUCGGUGGCAAUAUUCUUAACUGGUUUAGAUCUUACCUCAAGGACCGUCGGCAGCAGACUACAGUACUUGGUGCAACAUCAUCAGCACUACCAGUAACCUCCGGAGUUCCACAAGGCUCAAUCCUUGGACCGCUGUUGUUCCUAUUAUAUCAGAAUAAUCUCCCCAACUCCAUCAACCACUCGAAGAUCGCGACAUUUGCUGACGACACAAAGAUUUACAAGGUGAUAAACGCGAAGGCAGAUGCAUCCGCUAUGGAGAAUGAUCUUGCGAAUUUCCAAACCUCCUCUGCCAAUGCUAAUCUUCUCCUCAACACAGAUAAAUGUAAGACACUUCGAAUUACUAGAAAACGCAACAAAAUCGACCAUACUUACAAGUUGCAAGAUUCCGCUCUGAAAACCACAGAUUGCGAACGUGACCUUGGCGUCUGGACCUCCUCCACUCUCACAUGGUCGAAACAAGUCCUCCACCAGUGCGCCCAAGCCAACAAAUCCCUCGGGUAUAUUCGACGGUCCACGAUCAAAAUCAAGACCAUCUCUGUUCGUCGGACUCUAUAUCUUACCCUCGUUCGUUCUCACCUCGCAUACGCGUCCCAAGUUUGGGCUCCACAAACUGUUGA